AUGCCAGCUCCACCAGAGCCCAUUGGAAAGCUUCAAAAGUCUCUCAAGCAAAGGCCAUGGAUACUUCAUGACCAACUCAUCAACAAAAAGCCAGAUAGAACACAUCAAACUACAAAUAUAUCUUUCGAAAAUACCCUUCCAAAAGGAGUGAUUCGUGGGUGUUCAAUGUGCAACAAUUGCCAAAAGGUUACUUCAAGUUGGCGUCAAGAAGAGUCAUGCAGACCUGUAUUAGAAUAUGCUCCAGCAUUUCACCCCACCGAAGUGGAAUUUAAAGAUGUUCUUCAAUAUAUUGCCAAAAUACGCCCGAAAGCUGAGGAAUACGGAAUUUGCAGGAUUAUUCCUCCUGAUUCAUGGAAACCACCAUCUCUUUUAAAUGGAAAUAAAUGGGAAUCAUCUAGAUUCUCUACCCAUAUUCAACAGAUUGAUGAACUUAAAGAUCUGCAUUCAAAGAGAAAACUUCAUGAAAUGAUUGAGCAAGCAGAAGGAAAAAAUGGAUCUGAUGGUUUUGAAUUUGAAUCUGGUCCUGAAUUCACACUGAGGGCAUUUAAGGCAUAUGCAGCACAUUUCAAAGGUCAAUAUUUUAAAAAGAAAGACAUUUUUACCGAUUAUAGGAAUCGACCUUGGGAAAAUGUUGAAGGGGAAUAUUGGCGAAUUAUUCAGAACCCAACUGAGCAAAUUCAGGUACUGUCCGGUCAUAAUCUGGACACAAAAGUAAUUGGCAGCGGGUUCCCUUUACCAUCAUCACUUGACACUCAUGAGGAUCAAAAUCAAAGCGAAUACACUAAAUCACCCUGGAACUUAAAUAAUACCUCAAAGCUGCCUGGAUCUCUUCUUGCUUUUGAUUAUGACAAUUCUGCCCUUUCAACCCCACGCCUGGAUGUCGGAAUGUGCUUUUCCUCCCUUUGUUGGAAAGUUGAAGAGCACAACUUGUAUACUAUCAGUUACAUGCACCAAGGUGCCUCAAGAAACUGGUAUGGCAUUCCCGGUAAAUAUCGCCAAAAUUUUGAAUCAUUACUAAAGAAAACCUUCCCGGAGUUAUCAGGAAAACCCGAAUUGUUCCAUAAGCUAGUCACUCAGCUUUCACCCUCUACCUUAAAAUCAGAGGGUAUACCCGUCUACCGCGGUGUACAGCAUCCAAAACAGUUUGUCAUCAUCUUUCCAGGUGCAUUCUAUUCGGGAUUUGAUACGGGAUUCAGUGUUUCCGAGAAAGUCAACCUUGCACCCGUUGACUGGUUGCCAUAUGGACAGCUGUCAGUUGAAAUUUACAGUGAGUUGCAUAGAAAAACAUCAAUCUCGUAUGAUAAAAUGUUAAUCGAGGGGGCCCGCAAUGCCAUCAAAACACGGAUGACAGGUGCAUUUGGAAAGGAUGGUUGGUUUACAAGAGCUCUUAAGUCGCGGGUCAAGCACGAAAGCUUCAAGAGGGAGUUGUUAUGCAAUGCAUCACAGUCACGUACGAUGGAAGAAGGUUUUAGUUGUUUGGUGAAACAGGAAUGCAUCGUGUGCUUUAGUGACUUGUACCUUUCAGCUACUGGUUGUACAUGCUCGCCUGAGAAGUACUCUUGUCUUGAACAUUCAAAGCAGCUGUGUACAUGUCCAUGGAGUUCAAGGUUGUUUCUUUUUCGCAAUGACAUCCGCGACUUGAAUAGAAUAAUAGAGGCUUUAGAAGGAAAGUGAACAUCUAUCUGACUAUGAUUUUAAGGUGUUAAAUUAUUAUUAAAUCGCAUAAAAUAUUGUAUCCUUACCUUGCAUGC